CCUCCAAUCACGGGCCGCGAACCGCUACCACGUCACUCAGCCGCUUCCGGGCUGGUAACGCUCCUCUGCCAGACCCUAAAAUGUGCCAAUUUUAUACGGGUUUUAAUCAAAUCCUGAAAUAUUGACUUGAAGCCAGACACGGCGUCGACAUAAUGUCGGAACAUCGCACUGAAGGAUAGCAGGACCUGACUCAAUCUGAGAAGCGCAGGCGUAGCAGAUGAGGUCGGGUUGACUCAUUUGCAGAAAGCAACCACAACCCCCGAUUUUCAGCCACAUCUGCAGGACUUAUUUUUUGCCGACACCUCCUUCUCCUCUGUGUGACUUUUUCCUCUUAAGAUGAAGUUAAAGGAGGACAUCAACCCCCUACUCCUGCAGGUGUUCCGCUCUGUGGUCUGGGUCUACUCAGUGAUCACCUUCAUACCCUGGUACUUCCUCUCCGGGGCCAGCAACAACUUGGAACGGGCACGGCGCAUCAAAGCGCGCUCAGUUAGCGGACACCCAGGCGGGCCGUACAGGGCUAUCAACAGCCAACACGAGCUGGUGGCGUGGCUGCACCCAGGUGUGGACACGCUGGAUAAAGUGUUCGAAUAUGCAGUCAAGCGGUUUCCCCAGAGGGACUGUCUGGGCACCAGGGAGGUGCUAAGUGAGGAGGACGAGCUUCAACCCAAUGGGAAGAUCUUCAAGAAGGUCAUUCUCGGGAACUACAACUGGCUGUCGUACGAUGAGACCUACCAGGCGGCCAGGACAUUCGGAAGUGGUCUGGCGGUUCUCGGCCAGAAGCCUCAAUGCAACAUCGCCAUCUUUUGCGAGACCAGAGCAGAGUGGAUUGUGGCAGCGCAAGCCUGCUUCAUGUACAAUUUCCCACUUGUUACACUGUACGCCACUCUUGGACCCUUAGCCAUUACCCACGGUCUGAACGAGACUGAGGUCACGCACAUCAUUACCAGUAAAGACCUGCUGCAAAGUCGUCUCAAGGCGAUAUUGUGCGAUGUUCCAAGGCUGCAGUACGUCAUCGUAGUCGACAAGAAGCUGUCGAGCUGGCAGGACAUCCCUAGAGGCGUCACGAUACACAGCAUGGAUGCCGUGAAAGAGAUGGGAUCCAGGCCUGAAAACUUAGCGACAGACCGCAGAAAGCCACAGUCGUCGGACAUCGCAGUCAUUAUGUACACCAGCGGCUCCACGGGCAUUCCCAAGGGUGUCAUGAUCUCCCAUGGCAACAUCAUUGCCGGCAUCACUGGGAUGGCAGAGCGAAUACCCAACCUCAACGAAACGGACACCUACAUUGGCUACCUGCCGCUGGCCCACGUUUUAGAGCUCAGUGCUGAGCUGGUGUGCAUCUCUCACGGCUGCCGCAUCGGCUAUUCCUCCCCGCAGACUCUUGCGGACCAGUCCACCAAAAUAAAAAAGGGCAGUAAAGGGGACACGAGCAUGUUGAGACCUACACUCAUGGCCGCCGUACCGGAAAUAAUGGACCGUAUUUAUAAAAAUGUGAUGACAAAAGUAGAGGGCAUGAGCAAAUUGCAGAAGACACUUUUUGUGCUUGCGUACAACUACAAGAUGGAGCAGAUUUCCAAAGGCUACAGCACGCCCCUCUGUGACAGUCUGGUGUUCAAGCGGGUCCGGGCGCUGCUGGGUGGCAACACACGGGUGCUGCUCUCAGGCGGAGCUCCGCUGUCGGCCGCCACACAGCGCUUCAUGAACAUCUGCCUGUGCUGCCCCGUGGGGCAGGGCUACGGACUGACGGAGACUUGUGGAGCCGGCACCAUCAGUGAGGUAUGGGACUACAGCACCGGACGGGUUGGCGCACCGCUUGUUUGCUCAGAAAUUACGCUAAAGGACUGGGAAGAGGGUGGAUACUACAGCACGGACAAGCCAAACCCUCGUGGGGAAAUCUUGAUUGGCGGGCCCAACGUCACGAUGGGUUACUACAAAAACGAAGAAAAAAACAGAGAGGACUUUUUUGUGGACGGGAAAGGCCAGCGAUGGUUCUGCACCGGAGACAUUGGAGAGUUUCACGCUGACGGAUGCCUCAAAAUCAUCGACCGCAAAAAGGACCUGGUAAAACUACAGGCUGGAGAGUACGUCUCCCUGGGAAAAGUGGAGGCCGUUCUGAAGAACUGUCCACUCAUAGACAAUAUCUGUGCCUAUGCCAACAGUGACCAAUCGUACGUGAUCAGCUUCGUGGUGCCUAACCAGAAACUGCUGACGGCACUAGCGGAGCAGUUCCAGGUGCGGGGUACGUGGGAGGAGAUUUGUAACAACCCCCAGAUGGAGAAGGAAGUACUCCGCAUCCUCACAGAGGCCGCUGUCUCAUCAAAACUAGAGCGGUUCGAGAUCCCCAAAAAAGUCCGGCUGUGCGCAGAACCCUGGACACCAGAGACUGGCCUGGUUACGGAUGCAUUCAAACUGAAACGCAAAGAGCUCAAAACGCACUACCAAGAAGAUAUUGAGAGGAUGUACGGAGGGAAAUGACAAAUGCAUGAGCGCACGUAACUAAUACACAAGUGGCUUCGACGCCCCCCCAAAAAGAGAGAGGAGGUGAUGAUACAGUACGUUAUAAGUUUGAUCCUCACACAAGACAGACCCCCGGCCUUGAUCAACACACAGGAAAAAAAAAAAACAGCCUGAUUGUCCCUGCUAUCUUCUACACAACCAUUGAGUCUCACUCCCAAGCAGCUCUUAGCGAUGCGCUUCGCCCUCUGAGUUGCUGUGGCAACCAAGGCCAGGCGCUGACUUCUGCACAAAGAAACAACAGCAGCAAAAGUUUUGGAUAUAUAUGGUUCAGCGUCAGCCGCUCUCUAUUCUUGGUCCUCCUUAGGGCGCCCGCUGGCACAGCUCGGCCAAAAUAAACUUUAAGGGCAAAUAUGGUCAGUAUCGUCUAUCAACAGUUAAGUUAGAAUCACCAAUCGUGGGUGAAAACGCAAAACGUCAGGGUUUCCCAACCUUACUUGAGCCAAUCCACAUAUUUUAUAUUUGUAAAACACCACCUCCACCAAACGAGAAUGAUAAACAAAAAGUGUGAUUUUAUUUGGUCCAUCAUAUUUUCACAAAGCAAAAGAAAAUUUCAAUUCAGUGGAAGUAAAUAGUUGCAUUUCAGUUGACAAAUAUAAGUGUGGCAGUGAAUAAGUUAAUUUUGUUGCUCCAUUUGUGCUCACGACAGUGUCUUCACAUUUUUUUACCCACUUUUUGUGAUGUUAUUACUCAGAGGUCUGCCUGUAUUUUUAUUAUAUUUUACAUUUUUGUAAAAUAUGUGCAUUUGCUCAAAAGGUUGGGAAAACAUUACACCUGCUUCACAAUUGUAUGAAAUAAGCAGUUUGUUUUAGGGUUAGUAUAAAGAAUUUCAGGGUUGUCAAUGGAAUGAUUCUGAUCUUUUUUUUUUAAGUUUACUGAUAGUCCAAAUUUUUAUGCCCUUUUGUUGCUUGUCUUUUUUCUUUAUGGCAAAUGUGUUGCUAAGCCAUGAGCGAAAAGGUCAGAUGUUUUAUGUAUUCAUUGGAGGGUUUUAUUCUUUUGACUUGUAUUUUUAUUCACUAUUUUCUGUGGUGGCGUUUUGUAUGUUUCCUUCCCCAAAUGCGUCAGAGAUGACUGAACAAAUUUUUAUACUCGUUCCAAAGUUUGUUUACUCGAGUACGUGUUUACCGGUUUGACAACGGCCUUCUUGUCUACUCAGCGUCCACUUUGCUCUCGCGUCUUUGUAGUGAUGUUUUUGUACCUGUGUGCUGCUAGUUUGAUUCCACUCCAAUAUGAGAAACCCCCUGUAGACAGUUCAGGGAACUGUACGGAGUAACGAUGCUCCUCUCUUCAUAACACGCCUUGUCAGAUAGCAGCUAACAGUACUUUAUCGUCCUCUCUCGCCGUGAUGCGCACUUGACUGGUUGCGACUGACUAACAUCUUCAUCAUAAUGCGCCUCGUCAGGUUGCAGCCAAUUUGAUAUGAUUUGUCGUCACGCCAUGAUGCGGCUGAUCGGGUUGCAGCUAACUUAAUAUUUUGUGUUCCUCUCGUCAUGAUGCAACUAACCUAUAUUAACGUUUUUCUUGUGAUGCGCCGUGCAAGCUUACGAUAUGAAAACACCUUGUGGGGUUGAUGUUUGAUCACUAUGUUAGAUUCCUCUUGUCAGGACAUGACUACCGUAAUUCUCGGCCUACAGAGCGCAGCAAGUUACCAGCCUCACCGAGUACAUUUGUGAAGGAAAUACCAUUUGGUACAUACAUACGCCGUAGCUGUGUAAAAGCCGCAAGUGCCCACAUUGUAACACGAGAUAUUUAUAAAGAAAGACUGUACACAGAGUUUAACGCAAGUGCUGAUGCUAGCACCGUGGUAAUGCCAACAGGGCCAGUUAAAAUUCAACUUACCAGUAAAUAUCACUGAGACACGCCAGUAACACAGCAGCAACACGCUAGCGCUAGCAGGGCCGGUAAAAAUCACUUCCUCGGCACAUAUAUUCCACUUGUUUCAUUCUUACCUUUUCCCGCUCGAGUGUCCCCUGACGGCCCUUAGAAAAAAAAUGCACAAAUAAGCUGCAUCACUACAUAGUUGAAAGCGUGUGAAAAAGUUGCGGCUCAUAGGCCGGAAAUUACGGUAACUUUCCAUUCUUGUCAUCAUGAUGUUCCCUGUCGGGAUGUGGUCAACUUAAAGGUUAUCGCCCUCGUAAUGAUGGGCCCUCGUCGGAUAGGGGCAAACUUACUGCGUCAUGUUCCUCUCGUCAUUAUGCACCUUGUUGCGUUGUGGGUAACUUAUGUUAUGACGUAAGCUUAUAAGUUAGUCUUUAUAAUGGGACACAAUGUCACAUUUCAAGUUGACGAAUAUAAGUAUCCAUGUCACGUUGCGGGAAACUUGGCAUGAAACCAUCAAAAUCUUUGAUUCGUAGUUACCAAUAAAGCCACAUUAAAUGCGAUAAAACCGGUAAUACCUUGUAGCGCACGUGUUCUAUGGAUGUCUCCAAGGGAAUGUACUGUAUGUAUUUGCCUCUCCUUUGUUGCCUCACUUUUUUUUUCUUUAUUUAUACAAUGUUUAUACUCCCUCCUCAGGCAUUUUUUUAAAACUUGUGAAUAUAAAUAAUACAAAUGAUUGUGCAAUAUUUAUAUGCAAAUAUUAGUCUGAAUUACAUAGGAAGAUUUCAAAUUAAGAGAAAAGACAGCAUCCCAUCCAUUGAACUUUUUCAAAAGGCAGUUCUCAGUCGUUUGAAUAGAAUUCCAGCGGUACGACAUGGGAAACCGGAAAAGUAAGGGGAGGAUGGUAGAGAGACACUGAAAAGCACGUGUAGGUGCGUCAGUGUACUUAGCUUGUAUUUGAAGACUUGAAGGGAUGGGCAUGAUAAUCGUGAAUGAAUCGUAAAUUGAAUUAUCGAUUAAUCCUUUCGUGACUCUUCAGACAGCAUUAUUUUGCGUGAUAUUGACAUGGAAACGAAUGAAUUUGAUGCUCAUCCCCAGUUGAAAGUCAAAAUCGUCAUUGUAGAAACUGCAUGUGCACAACUGUACCAAACCGCAUAGAGUACGACGAGUGAUACCAAAUGAGCGUCGUGAGGAAUGAAUACACUCCUGUAGAAAGCCGCUUAAGCUAUCAAUUGAAAUCUGGCUUUGUUCUUACCAGUAUGACAAUUCUGCACACGAUUGACUUUACAACAUUACGGGUAAAGGUUUUACUACCAGCCUUUACUACUAAUCUUUUUUUCCACUACCCUAUGACAAUUUUGGACCUCUGUGACAUACUAGUCGGAAAAUGAUGUUACUAGUGAUGCAAAACAGUGCACUAGUUCAUGCACUACUGUUUUUCCUGGUAACAUCAUCCUACUACCAUAAGGUGUUCAACUAGUGAGGCUACAAGUACGGGGAGCUAAAGCUGGAUAUCAAGGAUAGUGGAUACAUGCUCAAAUGGCUUCCCAUACAGUCCUAUAUAUUACUGAAAUAAUCUAGUGUGGUGUGUUUUUUUUUUUUGUUUUAAUCAGACUACAAGUAUCAAUUAUUGAAAAUUCAUGAUACUGUAAGUGCAUUGUAUAUAUAGAAAAACAGUUCUGAAAAAUGCAUAUUUAAAUCCAUGUACAUUAUUGCUUUACUGUAGUUGUGUGGUGAUAUUUUUUCUGUAUGGCAUCAAUUCCAGGAAUGUUUUCGUUCUCUUCCUUCCCCCACCUUAAAUCUAUUAAGUUCACUGACGGAAUGAAAUUUUUAGGACACUGGAAUGCAAAUUUUGCUUGUAUCUUCUUGUUGCCUUCUGACACGGCAGUUUGUCUUCAGGGCGCCUACGAAUGUGGCAUCACAAAUCCGGUACCCCUCUUCCCCCCCUCCCAUGAAGUCAUGUAGCAGUUGAAUGUCACCUAUAUUGUAAAGCAAGAGGAAAGGGGGGUUGUUCUCCAGUUUGUUUUAAAUGUGUUUUCUUUGUAAAUACAGUAUAGUAAACUCCUGCUGCUGUCCUGAAUCACGGAAAACAGUAAUUGACUCCCCCAUUCUUUUUAUGAGGUAAACCAUAAAUAUACUAAAAGCUAUGGUGCGAAAAGGCAAUAUUCAUUCAUUCAGUUCAAAUUCAUUAUUUUAAAGUCACCGCACAAAUUACCCUUAAACAAUAAUUAUUUUGUUUUGGAAAAAAUGCACAUCCAGCAGAGGCUCUCCGAAAAUAUCUCUGGCUAAACUUCACUCCACCCUGGCAUACAAAGCUUGUCUCAAAAUGAAGAGGAACUGGCACACUCCGAAAAGCAAUAGUAAUUACCUAUAGAUGCCACAAGAUGGGGGCAAAUGAAUUUUGGUCUAAAUGAAGCUCCUCAACUAACUAUGAAUCUUUUCUGUGACAACAAGAUGCCGCCAGAUGGGAGAUAUGCAAUUGUUUCUUUGAAUAGGGUCAUUUUGCAGUCAAUUUAUAAACGUUGAACAACAAAGGUGUGGGGAUUCACCAAUUCC